AUGUAAGCAAGUGAAAGAAAACUCAUUCUUAAGGAUAUCAAGGAUUUCCUAAUUUCUCAUUUGGGUGAAGGUGGUACUUUCGAAGGUCCAGGAGUGAUGGAAUUCAAUCAACAUUCAAUCCCAAAAGACAAAGAAGUACCUGAGGAUUUCAAAGCCUUAGAUUUUGAGGGGCUUUUUGACAGAGAAGAAAACGUUAAGGGAUUUUUCUAUACUAUUGAAAGUCAGAAAUAUUGGAAAUUAAACGGACUUAACAGAGUUGCUGAUGAAGACUUUGCAGGUUAUGGAUUUUCAAAAACAGUAGAGUUACUCGAAUUAGAUGAGAACAAGAAGAUACCAAGAGAUGACGAGGGAAAACCAAUUCUGAAAAGAAGAUUAGAUGAGAGAGGAAAACCAAUUGAAAUACAUCAGGAAGGUGGUUAUAUCAUGGCCUAUACAGAGAGAAAAACCGAUAGGACCUUAUUCUAAAAAAUGACAUCUAUUCCGAGAGGUCAAGCUAUGGUUGUUAAUGGAAACAUUAAGGAGAAUGAAGAGGAUGCCAUUAGAUUCGCUACCUUCAAGAGCAAACCAGACCAGCAAUUCGGAGUUUUGACAUCACAAAACUUGAAUGAGGACCUUGAUAUGAGAAAUUACAUUAUUGACUUUAAAUUUGAUGGUGAUAACUUACUUUAUGAUGAAUGGAUGAAGUUUGAUGAUCUAGACGUUAAGAGCGAUCAGAGGGCUGGCAUCUUCCACAGAAACAGAGCUGAUCUCAUCAGAAUCUAAUCAGCUUGA